AUGAUGAUGGAGAACCUCACUACAGCUAUAUAUGGCCUGAGUGCCAAUGCCUCUUCUUUCUUCCUCCCCUCAGUUUCCUUUGAGCCGUUUUCAAAUAUGCUCUGCCAAUUCCUCUCCGGAGCAGCUCUUCUGGCGACUGUAUCUUCGAGCGUGGUGUUGAGUACCAGACAAUCUGGUGUUGAGGAGUCUCCGGGAUAUACGGCCAGCAACGUCCAGACGACGGAGAAUGGCUUGACAGCUGAUUUGGUUUUGGCGGGGCCGGCUACGAAUAGCUUUGGGAAAGAUAUUGAGAAUUUGAGAUUGAUUGUUAAUUAUGAUACUGCCAAACGUCUGCAUAUCAAAAUCGAAGACAACCCGACAAUCGCCUAUCAAGUCCCAACCUCCGUCUUCCCAACCCCAGACAACUCCACUUCCGUCCCAGCAGACGCCGCCGAUCUACAAUUCUCCUACGAAGAAUCUCCCUUCACCUUCCGUGUGACACGUAAAUCAAACGCCGAAAUCCUCUUCGACUCCUCCGCAGCAUCUCUGGUAUUCCAAGACGAAUAUCUCCGUCUCCGCACCUCUCUGCCCCAAGCCCCCAACCUCUACGGUCUAGGAGAACAUUCCGAUACUUUUCGAUUGAAUACCACAGACUACACGAGGACGCUCUGGUCGAGAGAUUCUUAUGGGAUUCCUUCUGGGAGUAAUUUAUAUGGGAAUCAUCCGAUUUAUGUUGAUCAUCGGGGAGAUAGAGGUACAAAUGGGGUGUUUUUACUCUCCUCUUCGGGAAUGGAUGUUAAAAUUAAUAGGACGGAGAGUGGGCAACAGUAUUUGGAGUAUAAUCUCUUGUCUGGGGUGUUGGAUUUGUAUGUUAUUGCUGGGCCGAGUCCUAUUGAGGUUAGUAGGCAGUAUGCGGAGAUUGCGGGUCUGCCGGCUAUGAUGCCUUAUUGGGGUUUUGGGUUGCAUCAGUGCAGAUAUGGUUAUYGGGAUUUCUAUGGCGUGGCUGAAGUCAUUGCUAAUUACUCUGCUGCGGGUAUUCCGCUUGAGACGAUGUGGACUGAUAUCGAUUACAUGUUUGCGAGAUUCAUCAUGACUACUGAUCCUGAUCGUUUCCCGAUUGAAAGAGUCAGGGAUAUCGUGGACUACCUUCAUGCUCACGAUCAACACUACGUUGUCAUGGUCGAUCCCGCCGUCGCAUACAACGAGACCAAGUAUGAUGAUCUGGCAUACCCUACCUUCACCACAGCUCGAGAUGAGGGUCUUUUCAUGUACAAGAAUGGAGAGAUUUAUCAAGGAGUCGUCUGGCCUGGCGUCACUGCUUUCCCGGAUUGGUUCCACCCCGGCACGCAAAAAUAUUGGAAUGAUGAAUWCUUGACUUUCUUCGAUAGGGAUACCGGAGUAGAUAUCGAUGCUCUUUGGAUUGAUAUGAACGAGGCGGCGAACUUCAACUWCUUCGGCGAUGAUGUAUACGAAUCCGCCAUUGACCGCGGCAUGCCUCCCCGUCGACCAGCUCUCCGAUCCCAACCACGCCUCAUCCCCGGUUUCCCACCCGAAUUCCAACCCGGAGCACAACCCUACCCCCCAGAUAAUUUCGCAUACGCCCCACCCUGGCUCGCAGCUCCCAGUGACCCAAACGCAGUAUCCAAACGUCGCGAACCCUCAUCCUCACAAGCUCAUCAAAAUCCCUCGACGAAGAAGCGCCAAACCCCAACCUCACAAUCRAAUACCAAUCUAAUCGGCUACCCAACCCGCAACUUUCUCUCCCCCCCCUACCGAAUCUCCAACGCCAAUACCAUGUCCCCACUAGGCGGUCUAUCCAACUCAACCGCAGACACAGACAUCAUCCAUUAUGACGGCCACGUAGAACUCGACGUGCAUAAUUUAUACGGCUCCAUGAUGUCGACUGCAUCCCGCAAAGCCAUGCUUGUUCGUAGACCCGAGAGACGGCCUUUAGUUGUCACUCGCUCGACGUUUGCGGGGGCGGGAAGGGAUGUUGCGAAGUGGUUGGGGGAUAAUUAUUCUACUUGGGAACAGWACCGGAAUUCUAUACAGGGGAUGUUGAAUUUUGCGGCGAUUUUUCAGAUGCCGAUGGUUGGUUCUGAUAUUUGUGGUUUUGCUGGGAAUACGACUGAGACGCUCUGUGCUCGAUGGGUUACAUUGGGCGCCUUCAACACCCUAAUGCGAAACCACAACGGCGACACCUCGAUCCCCCAAGAAUUCUACCUCUGGCCCACCGUCGCCGCCGCAGCCCGCAACGCCCUCGACAUCCGCUAUCGUCUCCUAGAUUACAUCUACACAGCCCUCCACCAACAAACCCAAGACGGAACCCCCCUCCUCAACCCGCUYUGGUACAUCUACCCCCUCGACCCCUUGACUUUCCCCAACGACCUGCAAUUCUUCUACGGAGACGCUUUGCUCGUUUCCCCCGUUACAGAAGAGAAUUCCACUAGCGUACAGAUUUACUUGCCUGAAGAUAGAUUCUAUGUCUGGGGUUCAUGGGAGAGAAUCGAGGGGAGAGGGGAAUCUAUUAAUCUUACGAAUGUGGGGUUCACGGAAAUCCCGCUACAUAUCCGAGGAGGAAAGAUUAUUCCUUUACGUUCGAAAUCAGGGAAUACUACUACCGCGACGAGGAAAUUCCCUUUUGAUAUCCUUAUUGCUCCGGGGAGAGAUGGGAAAGCUAGGGGAAAUUUGUAUCUUGAUGAUGGGGAUUCUUUGGUGCAGGAGGGUACUUCGGAGAUUCGAUUUACAUAUGAGAGGGGGGAGCUGGCUAUCACGGGGAGUUUUGCAUAUGAGGCCGAACCUUUUAAAAUUUCGAAGGUUUUGUUGUUGGGGGGUGAGGGGGGAAGUGGUGCUCCUUCUUAUAGGAGGGAGGGUGGGAUGGAGAAGAGGACGGAUGUUGGGUGGAGUGAGGAUUUGGGGAAGGGGGUUGUUAUUGCUGAGAUUGGGGAGGUGGUUGAUGGGGAGAUGGUUGUUAGUUUUUAG